CAUCACUUAUUGUGCCAACCUACAGCUCCAGAGUACAGCCAUCCCGUCUUCAUUUGAUCUGAAAGAAGAAAGGAAGAGGAAAAAGAGUCACAGAAGGAGUGAGGAAUGCCAGGAAAUGAGCCAAAGACUCCGAGCUGCAGUCGGGACCCAGCUGAGCAGAAGGUGCAGCAGCCAACAGGGGGGGAGUCAGAAGAACAGCCCAAGACACCCGUUGAGCUGGAUGGUUCAAGCCACCCCGCUUCCUCUCAGCCAGCUAUUCCAUUCAUGUUUGGAUCUAUGAGUCCUUUGCUCACCUCAUCCCAGCUGCAAGCCCUCCUCCUACAGCAGUGUUCUAGCAAAGAAGUGAGCAAUCAGAUACUGCAGCUCGUGUCUCUGACCCCCCAACUGGGCCAACACAGGCCCUCUGUUCUCCGCAAGGGCACUCAGCUGCCCCCGCAGUCAAGAGCCACUCUUUCUGAGCUGUCCACUUGGUCGGACCGAAGUUUGGCACACACUUCUAAGGGAGACUCUAUGUGCAAAGUGGAAACCAAGGAUAACGUGAAAGCGCCCUCCUCCAAGACUGUCCACUCCUUCCAGCAAACAAGCCACACUGAACCCAGGAGGUCUAGUCCCCAUCACAAGCAGGGCACCACCCUCCCCAACCCUAAUGAUAGCCCUGCUCGGUCAGUGCCUAUGAACUCCACUGCUCUUUUUGUGAAUGGACUCUGUCGAUGGCCAGGCUGUGAAGAGGUGUUUGAAGAAUAUGCCCAUUUUCUGAAACACCUUUAUAGGGACCACAGUCAUGGAGACAGAAGCAUUGCUCAAUGGCGAGUGCAGCGAGACAUUGUGGAACAUAUGGAGACCCAGCUCACCAUGGAAAAGCAGAAGCUUCUGGCCAUGCAACUCCAUCUUCACAUGUCCGAACACAGGCCCAUUGACUUAUCUCAACAAGAGGAUUCAGAAGGAGACCAUGGCCUGGCCAUCAGUUUGCCACAGUCAUGGGUGGCUGACAGCACCCCCUACAGUGCCUCCAAGGAGACAGCAGAGUUGGUUCGCCAGGGCUACUGGCAUGUUCCUACUUCCCAUCUCAUUCCAGAACUUGUUCCCAGCAUUGACUGUUACAAGUACACCAACAUCAGACCACCAUACACCUAUGCUUCCCUGAUUAGAUGGGCAAUCCUUGAUUCCCCAGAAAAGCAGUUGACACUGAAUGAAAUAUAUCACUGGUUUACCAGAAUGUUCUUUUACUUUCGGAACAACACAGCUACUUGGAAGAAUGCUGUCCGUCACAACCUCAGCCUCCAUAAGUGUUUUGUGCGUGUGGAAGGAGGAAAGGGGGCUGUGUGGACAGUGGAUGAGACUGAGUUCCAGAGGAGAAAGGGUCAGAAGUUUAACCGGGAUCACGGCAUGAAGUGGCUGACACCAUACUCCCUGUUCCGGCCCCAGGAGUCCUGAGGCUCAUCACUGAGGGCCCCUAGCCAAAUGGAGAAGGUCAGAGUGGGAAUACUGUGCCACAUUUUGUGGGCAUGGCCCAGGGUUUAAUGCAAAUCCAGAGAACCCACUCUUGCUCAUUUUCUUUGCUGUUUUAUU